GGCAACCUAAGAGCUAGCGAAUCCCCUCGCAAGAACCAGCAAUCCUUGUAUUUCUCUGUCCUUGAUAAUCGGCGUCUGAAUCACCACCGUCCGAUGGCGAAGUACGGCGAAGGCGAUAAGCGGUGGAUCGUUGAGGACAGAGCCGAUGGUGCCAACGUCCACAAUUGGCACUGGGCAGAGACUGACUGCCUUCCAUGGUCUCGAAAUUUCUUCAAUAAAUCACUAUCUAAUCUCACCAUUCUCGACGGCGAAGGUAACCUCUAUAUCAAGAUCAAGAAGGUGGACAAGGUUGAGGGUGAAGCUUAUGUUAAUGUUCGUAAGGGAAAGAUCAUUCCUGGGUAUGAGAUCAAUGUGGUUUUGUCUUGGGAGGGUGAGGCUAAGGAUGCAGAGGGCAAGAGCUUGCUGAUGGUCGAGGGGACGGUGGAGAUGCCGUAUAUUGCGGAUGAGAAUGCAGAUGAAGAUCCGGAACUAAGGGUGACUGUUAAGGACGAGGGCCCUAUUGGGAAACGGCUCAAAGAGGCCAUGGUUGCCAAAGGUAAGCCCUUGAUUUUUCUGAAGGUAAGAGAGUUUGUUACUGCCAUGGCCAAAGGAGGGCCUGCAAAGGAUGAUUUGGAGGCCAAAAAGGUGGCGCCAAAGAAUGGGAAUGGUCAAGGUGGGGGAACUCCUUCAAAUAGUGAGGUAGUGGUGGAGAAAGAGGUGAAGAAGGAGGUCAAAAAGGAGGGGAAGAAGGGGGUUAAGACGAUUACCAUGACAGAGAAGUUUAGUUGCCGAGCAAAGGAUUUGUAUGAGAUACUGAUGGAUGAGAAUAGGUGGAAAGGAUUUACACAGAGUAAUGCAAGGAUUAGCAAGGAUGUUGGUGGACAAUUUAUGAUUUUUGAUGGAUCAGUAACAGGAACAAACUUGGAGUUGCAAGAUGGGAAAUUGAUUGUGCAAAAGUGGAGGUUUGGGAGCUGGCCUGAUGGGAUUGACUCAACUGUAAGACUCACUUUUGAUGAGCCUGAGUCUGGUGUUACCAUUGUCAAGCUGACACAUACUGAUGUUCCUGAAGAGGACAGAUAUGGGAAUGCAACUGUGGUGGAGAACACCGAGAGAGGAUGGAGGGAUCUUAUUUUCCAUAAGAUACGGGCAGUAUUUGGUUUUGGACUAUGAUUUCUUUUACUCCUGAUCACAGAAUAGGUCUUUUGUCUUUGAAGUGUAGAAGUUUAUCAAGUUUUCUUUCUACAAGACAUUAUUGUCAAGACAAUUCCUGCAAUGUGAGUCUGCAUUAGAGUUCUUGGUCUAUUGGUCCAUUUUUUUAAACUUAAAAGUUGGACUAAGCUGGACCUGUCAUCAUUCUGUUGUUUACAAUACCAGCUUUUUCCUUAAACUUGAAGGAUGUUGACGACAAAUGUAAUGAUGUCUUACUUGGAUCUUUUCUACUUUCAAAGUGGCAUAAGACACUUGUCUUCACGAGAUCUUAAUCCAUGUGGUAAUUCCAUUUUAUGCUAUUUUGAUAUUCAUGUGGGAGUUCAAAUAUUGAUCAUUAUGUGCAAUAAUGUGGUGUUUGAGUUCAGUAUUGUUUUUUAAUGUCUCUUUAGCUUAAUAUUUGGCCUUAGAAGUAAAAUCUUGUAAUAAAAUUGAACCUCCAAGUGUGCUGAUAUUUGAUAAUUGAUAGAUGCCUGAGGUACCCCUUGUUUAAGAUAGGAAACCUGGUGAUAUGGAAAAUUCAAUUUUGCUGUGGUUAGAUGAUUCUUAGGUUUACUAGAUGUUUGUUAGCGGUGUUUUGUGUCUAGUUCCACAUGUCAUUUAAGAAGAGCUCCUAGUUGAUUGAGGGUUCUGGCUGUAAGUAAUUUGACUGAAUUUAAAUGUUUGUUCAAUAGCCAUUGGUUCUGUUGUGGACCUGUGAAUAUUCAAGAAACUCUUGGACGGCAGUUGCUAGAUCAGUAGGUGCUUUAAUGAAUCUAGUCCCUCUUCUUCCUUAUGCUUGUGAUGGUAGGCAUGCUGUGGGGGCCUGGAAGGAGUAUUUGUAAGCCUUACUGGAUGAGAAUGAACAGAAAUGGCCAUGCGAAUUCAGAGUUCUAUGAAGUACAUGAUUCCAAUAAAAAUGAAAAGUUGUUUUAUGUUGAAAAUUAUGGAAUCAUGUCAAUUUUUAAGCAGUUGUAUGUCAAGUUUUUCUUUCUUACUACUGUGUUUGAUGAGAAGGGCUGAAGUAAGCUUCUAUAACUAGAUGAAAUAAUCCUCCUAGUUGGCCCUUGGGAGGAUGUGUUAGUUCUCUCUGCUAAUGGAUUGUGCUCAUUGAUGGAAGGAAGGGAUAGGACUAGGAGAAGAUGCGUUGAACUUUAUGCUUUUAGAUACAUAAACUAGAAUCAACCACAUAUUGAUGU